AUGACCAUUUCUCAUUUGGACACGAAAUGGAAGUUCAAGAAGCUCUUUGAGCUCAUCAGAAAGCUCACGUUGCUCCAAAGACUCCAUUUUUGGCCAUUUCUCGGUUUGUGGAGUGUGGAAAGCAGAACGUACUCGCUCUUUGGAGAGAAAGUGCGGUCGGAAGCCGGGGAAGCGGCAAUUGCCAAGGCGACAAGUCAAGAACACGAGCAAAACACUCCAGAAACCGUUCACCUCAUAGCCCGUGCUGUAGGUUUUCUUCGUAUGUGCAACAUCAGUGAGCUCAAGAAGGUUCAUACCACUAUUUACACAAACUCAGAGAUUAAGGCUCAAUCAGUUAUGGAGACUUGUUUGGCUGUUGCCGGAACCAAGAACACCGUCCAACAUUUGAUCCACCACAUCCAGAAGAAGACCAUUUCCCCACUGAGAGCUGCUGAACUCCUCAAGUCAAUUCAAGAGACCCUCUUCUCAAGUGAGCACAUCGCCGAUCUUCUCAUCGAACUUGCCCAAUCCCCACUCGCUAAGGGAUACGAGCCACUCCGUCAAUCUGCUUGGCUUGCCGCCGGAUCCGUUGUCCGCGGAUUCGCCUCCAUGACUCAAGAUCUUCCAUUGGCCCGUCCAGCUACCCACCAAUUCAAGGAGAAGUACAUCCGCGUCUUCAUGCAACACUUUCGCAGUGCCGAAUCUACUUACGAGAAGGUUCUUGCGCUCAAGACUCUCGGAAACGCCGGAAUUGACAUGUCCGUUAACGAGCUCGUCCAACUCAUCCAAGACACACGUCAACCACUUGCUAUCCGCACUGAAGCGGUUGAUGCUCUCCGUCUUCUCAAGGAUGUUAUGCCACGCAAAAUCCAGAAAGUUCUCCUUCCAGUCUACAAGAACCUUCAAAACAAGCCAGAACUCCGUAUGGCUGCCCUCUGGAGAAUGAUGGAAACUCUCCCAGAAGAGCCAGUUCUUGCUCACAUCGUCUCUCAAAUGGAGAAGGAAUCCAAUCAACACGUUGCUGCUUUCACCUACAACGUCAUCCGUCAAUUCGCUAGCUCCACCAACCCAUGCACUCAAUCAUUGACUGUCCGUUGCUCCAACAUUCUUCUUUUCACCCGUUACCAGCCACAAGAACAAAAUCUUUCCACCUACGCUCAACUCCCAAUCUUCCAAUCUGACAUGCUUUCCGGAGUUCAAUUCGACUUCGCUACCAUUUUCGAGAAGAACUCUUUCUUGCCAAAGGAAAUUCAUGCUUUUUUCGAAUCUCUUUUCGGAGACAACUGGCUCAGAAACAAAACUUUGCACAAAUCAUCCUCAAGGCCCUCGAGAGACUUUCCCUUUACGGAAAACAGUCCGAUGAACUCCGUUCCCGUCGUGUUCAAUCCGGAAUUCAGAUGCUCCAAGAGAUCAUAA